AUUGGAGACUUGAGCAAACCCCACCGUCAUCGACUCAUCGUCCGUCCACCACGACCAAGACUCACGCAGGCAGCCUUCCUCCUCCUCGCUGUCUCUUGAGUCUAGGUCUGGUAGUCUUCUCCAACUCCCACCACUCGCCAAGCUGGUCCAUCGCUGACCCAACAACCUCUGCUAGGGUUUGGGGAUCUCCCUCGCGGGCGAUGUCGGACGUCACCGUCGACUCGCCGCAGGGCCGCCGCUCGCCGCCGCCGCCGCCGUCGCCGUCGCCGUCGAUGCCGCGCUUCCAGCAGCAGCCGAGCGGGCGCCAGCCGGCCCCGCCCGGCAGCGAUCCCUUCACCUUCGGCGUCGUCGCUUUCCUCGGCGUCUGCUUCGUCCUGAUUUCACUCUCAGUUCCAUCAAGCGUUCUACAUCAAAUUCCUGAAGGACAUGUUGGGGUAUACUGGAGAGGAGGUGCUCUUUUGAAAACAAUCACUCCUCCAGGGUUUCAUCUGAAGCUUCCUUGGAUCACCCAGUAUGAGCCAAUACAGGUUACACUUCAAACAGACCAGGUCAGAGAUAUUCCUUGUGGAACAAAAGGUGGUGUCAUGAUCAGCUUUGACAAGAUAGAGGUUGUGAACCGCCUCCAUAAAGAGUUUGUGCAUGAAACCCUACUCAAUUAUGGUGUGCAUUAUGACAAGACAUGGAUAUAUGAUAAAAUUCAUCAUGAGAUAAACCAGUUCUGCAGCGCUCACAGUUUGCAGCAAGUUUACAUCGACAUGUUUGAUCAGAUUGAUGAAACAAUGAAAGAAGCUAUUCAAAGUGACUGCACACGCUAUGCUCCUGGAAUUGAAAUCAUCAACGUCCGUGUUACGAAGCCGAAUAUACCUGGUAGUAUUAGGAGAAAUUUUGAACUUAUGGAGGAGGAGCGUACAAAGGCACUGAUCGCCAUCGAGAAGCAAAAGGUAGCAGAGAAGGAGGCAGAAACACAGAAGAAGAUUGCACUAUCUGAAGCAGAGAAGAAUGCACAGGUGAGCAAGAUCCUCAUGGAGCAGAAGCUGAUGGAGAAGGACAGUUCCAAAAUGCAGCAGCAGAUUGACAAUGAAAUGUACCUUGCACGAGAGAAAGCACUGGCAGAUGCAAACUAUUACAGGAUCUUAAAGGAAGCAGAGGCCAAUAAACUUAAACUUACUCCUGAAUUUCUUGAGCUGAGGUUCAUCGAAUCAAUCGCCAAUAACUCAAAGAUUUUCUUUGGUGAAAAGAUUCCAAACAUGAUAAUGGAUCAAAGGCUGCUUAAGAAUUACCUGGAUGCUGCGCCGAGGAAGGGCCAUUCUGAAAUGUAGAAGUGUGUUAUGUGAAUCAGAAGUAAGACGGUAUAUUUUUGUGAUCCACAUGGUAGAUAGGACUCCCAUGAAGCCGUUCAGUACAUUUGAAAGCCAAAAAGGAUGAGACAUCAGGACCUCGCUAGGAUGGUAAUUAGCAGUUAGUCUUAUGCAAGAAAAAACACUUUUGACUUAUUUUGUGUAAUAGUAUUAGCAUAGCUGAAGCGAUCUGCAUGUGGCUGACAUUGAUGCAACCAGCACAGAUUCUGUUGAAUACAUUUUGGUUAGUCUGCAAAACUGAUGGCUAGGUCACUCAUUUGUGUGGUAUAAUGGGAUUCAUGGGGCUCACCGACUGUGAAGAUUGGCAGCCAAGCUUUACCAA